AUGAUGGACUGCCUGUGUCCAGCGACACGUACGCUGGCCUGUCGUGUGGUUUUGUUGGACGAAAGAGAAUUGAUGCAUGAGAUACAGGACAAUAACACGGGACAAGCGCUUCUGGAUGUUGUAUUCAGGCAUCUAGAUUUGCUGGAAACGGCAUACUUCGGGCUUCGAUACGUAGAUCCAGACAACCAGACGCACUGGCUUGAUGCUGGAAAACGACUUCGCCGCCAAUUGCGUGGCUCCGACACGCACACUUUCUACUUUGGCGUCAAGUUCUACGCCUCCGAUCCCUGCAAACUCUUGGAGGAAAUUACUCGGUACCAGUUAUUCUUGCAGCUGAAACAAGACGUAUUACGAGGUCGUCUUCCAGUCAACUUCGAACUUGCCGCCGAACUCGCAGCAUAUGUAUUACAGUCGGAAUUAGGCGACUAUGAUCCUCGUCGACAUACACUUGGCUACGUGUCAGAAUUUAGGCUGCUUGCUCAUCAAACACCUGAAUUCGAAGGAAGAGCUGCGGAUAUACACAGAACACUCACAGGUAUAUCACCAGCACAAGCGGAACUUAGUUACUUAGAUAAAGUGAAAUGGCUUGACAUGUAUGGUGUUGAUCUUCAUCCUGUUCUGGGCGAAGACAGCGUUGAGUACUUCUUGGGACUAGCGCCAAGUGGCCUGUUGCUCUUACGUGGAAAACAUACAGUCGCUACCUAUUACUGGCCGCGUGUAUCAAAACUUUAUUACAAAGGACGAUAUUUUAUGAUCCGCGUAGCAGAUAAAAAUAAUGACACAUCAACAUAUGGUUUUGAAUCCCCAACAAGAGCAGCUUGCCGGCAUUUGUGGCGGUGUUGUUCUGAUCAUCACACUUUCUUUCGCUUACAACAAACAUCACCCGCAUCAGCAGAUAUAUUUGCAUUAGGUUCAAGACUGAGAAAUAGUAGUCGAGCCGCAAGACCACGUCCUCCGCCUGCGUUCACACGAACACCCUCUCGAAGGAUUUCCCGUCCACUAACAUCUUAUUCUUCGUUACACGACGUGCCAAAGUUAGAAGAUUUGAGAAUAAAAGACUGCCCUCCUGAAGUUAAACAGCCUACCUCAGUGCACCGCCCUAAUUCUAUAAGCGGUGAAGGCCCUUGUGAGACUGUCGGUCCCGGCGGGUCACCCCGUUCAACUCGCUCGGCACCGACUCGACGUGGUCUAUAUUCGGCCUCACCAACUACUCACAGGCCGCCACCAGUGCCGAGACACCGUUCAGCUUCAGUAGAUUCUCAGAGUUCUAAUGACUCGAGGUCCAACCGCAAACACAGGCACCGCUCUCGAAGACAGCAGUCAGAUGCAGAGAGUGAACUGUCCCGUGGUUCCGGACGCUCUGGCCGCAGACAUCGCCGACACCGCUCUAGACACAAGCAGGAGUCCGGUUCAGAGAGAGAUGACUCACAACCGGACAACAAGGAAUACGAGCUUGUCGACUCGGAAUCUCAAUGGAAGGAAGUAUUAAGACAGACGUCAGCUGGAGGCAGCGUGCAAGUGGCAAAUGUUCGUCGUUCACAAAUGGAACCGGAGACGGGAACGCAUCGAUCUUCACAUAGGCCACGAAGACAUAAAAAACAUAGGUCACGAUCCCGUUCACCGAACGAAAAGAAGUGGCUACCAAAUGAAUUAAAGCAACACCUCGAAUUCUCUCUAGUGGAUACUACAGGAAUGACUGAGGAACAGCUGAAGGAGAUACCCUAUACUGUUGUGCAAACGAGCCAGGCUCGGCACACCAAACUAAGGACUUCAUCUAAACACAGACAGACGGAUCACGGUUCACUUGCAAGACGGGAGAAGAGCUCUUCGUCACACAAAAGUGACCACGACAACCACAAUCAAGGGUCUCUCAGAUCGAUAUCAAGUACACUCAGCACACAUAGAACUACCAAUGAAAAACAUGGAAGGCGUUUGUAUCCAAACUAUGAUGAUUCUGUUGGACGGAUCAGUGAAGAUUAUAUAGCUAACAAUGGAUAUAAAACUUCAGUGACGCCAAUACCUCAUAAUAACAAUCCGUAUAGUCCAGUAACAAACAGCAAUAGUAAUAGUUCCAGUGGAGAAUUGAUAGGAAGCGCAAGGGUAUCACACGAACAUACAGAUUCUGGAUUAGGCGCCGACCAGGAUUACGCGUAUUCCUCUGAGAGAUCCAGUGACAGUGCAAAAUGCGGCGGUGGAAGUUCCCAGGCCCCAGUGAGUAGGCAGUGGCGUGCUGGUGGGGGGAGUAUAGGGGGUGCGGGGUGCGGCGCGGGCGCGUUAACCCGCCGGCCGCCGGCCGCGCCGGGUCGCGCACGUCUCUCCGUGUCCGGCAGCCAGAGGUCGCUGCUGUCGGUCGCGAGUGACAGCGCCACGUCACGCCGCCCGCGCGACCUCGCGCCCCGCUGCUAUCCAAGCCCUGCGGACGAUGGCUUUUCUCUCUUCAGACAUGCUAGCAACAACAACAUAAUGGGCGAGAGCGGGUCUCUGGCGCGGCGGUAUGCUCGUCCGUCGAGGGAGUCGCGCGACUACAACGCGAACAUCGCGCGCACGCACUCUCGUCUCGCUCAUGCGCACGCGCACAUGCGACAUGACAACACACUCGACAUUAUAUUAAAACCUCUGAUAGAAAGCACGCACAUCAAUAUAGUUGAUUAUAAACGCUUCCAUUUGUUGACUGUCGGCACUCUUAAGAGUCGUGUUCAUCAAAGCAUACCAGCCUUGCUGGAGCAAGCGCCGGGAACAAUGGUUUAUCACAGCGAGAGACUAUUGAUGGGGCUGUGGACUUAUCGCUCCCCGGCGGAGUUGUUUUGCUUUUGA